CGACACGGCAGGGAGGAAGAGGGCCAGAUGCAGCCAGAAGCAGGUACCACAUGGGCGCAACACACAGCCCCUUCUCUGUUGUCAGAUGAGCUGCGAAGGGAGAGUCGUCUUCGGGGCUGUGGAGAUGAGCCCUUCACUGUGGGAGAAGUCACCCCGGCAGAGCCGGCCACAGGCAGCACUGCUGUGGGGUUUCAGGAGCCCAGAGACCCAAAUGGAAGCUGGUGCCAUCCAUUAAGAGAGGACCCCACGCCAUGUGCAGGCCCCAGCCUCCAGGGAGCCCCCCGGGGAGCGCCAGGCCCCAGGCCCACCGGGCGCGGGGACCUCGGCGGUGCCUUUGGGAACACUUCACACCGGAGAGGGGUGCUUCCCCUAAAGAAGCAGCCCCCCCGAACGUGUAAGAAGGUUUCCUGUCAGGAGCAAGUCAACAUGGGGAGGAAAAUGAGUAAAAUCAGAAGUUCUGCCUUUUUCAAGAGCUCCCCUGAAACCAUCCCCACGAAAGCACACAGGUUUCUCAGCUCGCGCGCCGUGGCCGCAGCCCCGCUACCGGAACCCAAGACAGCUCCGGCCUGGAGCCCCGGGAGCCUCAGAAGCCCCACACCAAAGCAGCCGGCACCCCCGGGCCGCCUCUCGGGGAGCCUGAAUGUUCGGAAGCCUACCAAAGAGUCAGCCUUACUCAGCAAGCUGUCCAGCCUGGCCUCCAGACUGGCCCCGGCCGCACAGGCCUGGGAGCUGGGGCGUCGGUGCUCCUCGGAGCUUCUCCCGGUGGCCGGAAGCCACAAGCGGCUCAGAUACCGCCAGCUCCUGGAUGGGUUUUCACGCAGCACCGCGCAGCUGAAUCCAUGUCUGGCAGCCAGCCGUUGGGACAAGAGGCCCACUAGUAAACCCCUGACACUUUGUUCGCUCGAAGCCAUCAAAAUGAGCUUCAUGGAUCUGGGCGCCAAGAUGCCAUCACUGCUGUUUGGUUCCGAAGUCUUCCCGGUCUCCUUCCACGUGAAGUCGGGCUCCGAGCGCGGGACUGAGUCCCCAAGGAUUUUUCCCGAGCACUGUGCACCCACGAGGCUCGCCUUAGGAGAGGCCGCCCAGUGUCCAUCUCUGCCGCCCAAGUGGACCUUCUCUUUCUUCCUGGCCCAUGGUUGCCCUGGGGUGGCCACAUUCAGGGAAGACGCUGGUGUCCGGGGUCAGGCAGUCACCCGGCCUCCCCCACAGCCUCCAGUUCCUCUCCAGGACCAUGGAGCCGCCGCCAUAGUCCAGACCAGAGCCAGCUGCUCCGUCCUUGGCCUUCACACACUCCUAGCACUUUGUUCCCCAGGAUGUUACCGAAUCUGGACGAAAAAACGGAGCUUCUCCAGUCACAUGCCCACCAUGCAGAGGCUCUUCUUGACCCAGUUUACACAGGGCUUGAAAGGGUUAAGGUCUCCAGCCUCCCCGACAGACGAGGCCUUCUGUUCUCUGCCCUUCUCGGUGGGCCGAGUGCUGUCCAUUUGGAGCCAGCAUGGGCCUUCUGCCUGCCCCUUGGAAGUCUCCGCUCUUCAUUCCUCUCCCAGCAAGCAGCAGCCAACUCUGGGCACCCCAAGCAGCCACACCCUGUUACCGUAUGUGCCUAUCCCGAGCGUGGAGGCUGCUUAUACCACCAGCGGCAGUCACAUGAGGCUGGAGCCUCCAUUCCCUGCCUUGGUACCAAAGUCUCGCUUGGUAACAGACUCAGCUGUCAGCAAGCUCCUGCUUUCAGCCUCUGAGCUCCAGGUUCGCGGAUUCGAUGAACUGGACGGUGUGACAGCAGCAGGUCCCCGACCACAGAGCAGCCCUCCGGAGCAGAAAGAGGCGGAGCCAGAGAAGAGGCCAAAGAAAGUCUCACAGAUUCGCAUCCGGAAAACCAUUCCUAAGCCAGACCCUAACCUCACCCCCAUGGGCCUUCCUCGACCCAAAAGGUUAAAGAAAAAGGAGUUUAGUUUAGAAGAAAUAUAUACCAAUAAGAACUAUAAAUCUCCUCCUGCAAACAGGUGUCUAGAGACCAUCUUUGAGGAACCCAAGGAACGAAAUGGUACGCUCAUCUCAAUCAGCCAGCAGAAGAGGAAGCGCGUUCUAGAGUUUCAGGAUUUCACAGUCCCGCGGAAGCGGCGGGCACGUGGUAAGGUCAAGGUGGCGGGCAGCUUCACCAGGGCCCAGAAGGCGGCGCUGCAGAGUCGAGAGCUGGAUGCGCUUUUGAUUCAGAAGCUCAUGGAGCUGGAGACCUUCUUUGCCAAGGAAGAGGAGCAGGAGCCGUCACCCAGUUGUUGAGAAGCAAUUCGGGCUGAGGAGGUCUCAGUUCUGGACCUUCUGGGCCUCCUUGGACGAGGUUGCCUAGUCUAGCCCUACUGCCCAGACCACUCACAUGCAGUCUACGAUUCUCACCUGUUUCCGAGAGCGGCCUUUCUAGGGGCUGGUGAAGGAGGGUCCUCGAGCUUGUACUGCUGAGUCUAGAACCUCAGGAACGCUCCCUUUCUCCUGGAAACGGUCCUGAACAGCAUCGGCCUCCUCUCCCCACUCUGCUGUCCGCAGGAGGAAGACGCAGCAUCCCUUCAGUAACACUAGGAUUCCAAGGACUCCGUGUUUGCACGUCCAUGCAAAGGUUCUGCGCUGUUUACGGUGGUGCUAGACCAAGAUUAUUUAGAGACGUGGCCCAGGGAGGGGGACCUGGCGUCCUGUCCCGCGUGGUCUCGCUGGCUCACUUCAGUAGCUGAGGAAAGAUGAGCUGUUGUGUUUUCUAAUCCUUUGAGUCCCUCUGUCCAGAACCGGGAGCGUGUGUGUCCGUGUGCGUGUGUGUCCAUGUGCUUUUCCCCAUCAUUUUCUCCCCUCUGUGACUGUGGGUCACUAGUGCCAGAGGAGCCCGUCCAGGCCCCCUUCGAAGUAAGUUGCACUUUUUAAUGUUGUGGUGUUGAUUAUUUUCAUUUGUUUUAUUUUUUUUCUUUUUUUUUUUGUAUUAUUGCUGCAUGUUUGGAGCCUUUAAAUGUGAUUUUAAAACAAUUUUUUUAAGACAUCAAGGAGAGAGACAAUACACGUCUUCAGAACACACAACAGGCAUCUGACCCAGUUUGUCAGUGCACAGGGUGUGAGCAGAGGGCCUCUUUCCAGCUCACGCAUUUCCAGCAGCCCCUUCCCCACCUCCAGCUCCUCACAGAAUGCAUUAGAGGGAGCUCCAUUUUCACCUGGGUUCUCAUUCUUGCCCGUGAAGUAGAUGUGUUUAUUUUAACGGCAGAAGUAAGAGCAGGUCUCUCUCCGAGUUGUUUAAAAAGUCCAAAGGAUGGGGGUGGUCUCGGUGGGUUCACCUGCAUAGUGGUCCGUGGCAGGGGUGGGCGCAGCUGUCGGAGCAGCCUGCUCCACAUGUGGGGAGAGGAGGCGGGGUCACAGUUCCAUGGCCAGCCCCACCUCAGGCACCUCAUUGUACUCUGGGCUCCUGUGUCAAACCUACUGGAAAUUCGUAGAAUGCCGAACAGAGCUGGCUGGGCUUUGUGGCAGUCUGUGGGCAGAAGGCUCAGAAGGGUGCGCAGUGGGAGUCGGAGGGCCUGAGGUUUCCUUCCUUCUCCACUUACUGGUCGUGUGCCCUCCCCUGCUUCCCCUUCUCCUUCCCUUGUGUUCUCUCUCUCACUUGCUGUCUCCCUCACUGUCUCGCUUACUCACUCUCAAGACGAGUGCAGAGAAUUCACAUUCCUUGCUGGUGGGAGGGAUGCUCAGCCCCCUCCUCACCUCAGGACACUGGUCCCCUCCUCCAUCCUCCGAGGAGCAGCGCCGCCGGAAACGGUCAGGCUCUGGGGACCAUGUCUCCUGGGUUCCUUCAGUGUCCCCGUUUGUUAGUGGGUAGGGGUAGGGGGUCUCUACGUGCCUUUCCUUUGCAGGUUGACCAUCGGUGCCACACUGGAGCAGAAAAACUGACAAUGCAAGGAAAACAAAGUGCCACUCCCGUCUUGCAGGCCCCGAGCCUCAGACAUAGCGUUUAGGAAAUGAAAUACGCCCAGGCAUCCAUGUGGCUUCUAAGGCUGAGUGGCAUCAGAGGAGAGCCUGGCUUCCACACUGGCUCUGAGUGAUGCGAACCAGAUUCCGCUGCUGUGCGUCUGCUUUGCCCAGACUGUAGACACGACCUGUGUCUCACCUCGGUACCUCUCCCUUCCUGGGACAGGGUCCUUAGGCACAAAGGCUUCUCGCUGUGUUUUUGCUUAAAAGAGUGGGAUGAGUCUGUGCUCAUGUGGAUAUUUUUAGGGAGCUCCUGCUGGACGGCUUGCAAACUCCUAGCAGAUCAGCUGAGCCCUGCUCACCAGCUCCAUUGCCAGUGUAGACAAGUCAGCACCUUGGCAACCACGUCAUCCUGCAGACUGAAGUUGUGGGUGCAGCUGUGCCGUCACCAGCCUUGUGGAGAUGCAGUUUCCGGUUCACCUGGGGCAAGCGUGGCACUUGGAGGGGCCAGAAGUGGUGAUUUGGAACAUUGGCUUCUGGGAAGGGAGGCUUGGAGAAAGUGGAAACUGGGGGCCCUCCUUGUCCUGGGAAUGCAGGAGAAAGCUCUCUGAGGCCAACCCCUCCCUGUGUUCUUGGCCUGCCUCUGGCCCCAGCCCUUCCUUAUUUCGAAGUGAAGAAAGGGCCCCCAUAGCAAACUUGAAAUUGCUCACCUGAAGUUGCCACAUAGGAUUUUAGCUCAGCCCCACCUGUCUUAACCUCCAUGUUUACUGUCAGCCUAGCCAGCUGCAGCACCACCCAUGGUCCUCAGAGCCCGAGGUGCCUGCUCCUGUCGGGGACCCCGGGCGGCUGCGGGCCACCCCCUGCCCGGAGUCACGGGCAGUCUGCUGCUGGCUUGGGAGUGGGUGCAGUUUCCAAGAACGGGAGGCUUCCCACCCCAAGCGAUAGGGAGUGUGGUUAAUAAUAACUAAUUUGACUUUAAGCUCAAGAGAUUAAGUGUUUUUAAUAUGGGAAAGAGGAGAAAUCUCAGGUCCAAUCAGCUUUUCACUGAAGUUUUCAACUGUGUUUUUGUUUCCCAUCCGUCAGUUUUGAGCUAUGUUUGCCCUUCCCCCCCUUCCUCUCCUUCUGUCUUUUGGUUUCCUUUCCAGCUUCGUUUCUCUGUUCGUUUAAACGCACCUCAUCGCGUUACAGCAGAUCAUGUCUGUGUUUUCUCACUGACCUUCCUCGGGGAGCGGCAGCUGCGGGAGGGAGAGUGGAGAGACAUGUAGCGAUUGCCUUACUUGGAGCCCGGAGAGCUCAGAAACUCGCGCUGUGAGUCCCAAAACUCAGCGCUCCCCCAGAGCUGUGAAAAUCAUGACAGUCUGUCACAAUUUUGCCUGAAAGGGUCUUUUGCGCGGGCACCAGAGCCAACCUAAGGUGAAUUCUAGACCCCACCCCACAUACGAUCCUCCCCACCCGCCAGGCUGAGAGCAGCAGAGGGUGCGGCCGGGCAGCCAACCCAGGACGGAAACAGCCAGUGCUCUGUCUCCAGGCUAGGAUUUCAUCUCAUCACCAAUACCGUGUACAUUAAAGUCCGCGAAAGUCCAACUUUUAGGCAGCGGUACUUUUCUCCCAUCCCCUGGGGGGAGAGUAUGCAGUUGGUGCUUUCUUGAAUUCCCUUGUUAUGUUUUGUUUCCAUAAGCUUUUCCCCGAAUCAUGGAAAGGACCCCUGAACACCGUACUGUGGGCAGCUGUAUCCAGAGUCUCAGUUAUUGGCCAGAGGUGCAGCAUGCCCUUUCCUGGACUCAUGCAAGAGAAGGGCUCCUCACCACAGCUGAACUUCUCAUAGAAGUAAAAAGCUGACUGGAAAGGAAGGAUUAAUUUUACUAAAAUCAAAGGUUAGUAUGACCACCUAGCCACAAAUCAAGCAGCAAAGUCCAUUUAUUUUGAUGGCGAAGUGAGGGUCCCUGUCCCGCUGGCCACCCAGCACAGCAAACCCUCGGGUUCAAUGCCUGUUCACUGUGUGUCUUCACGAACCCCUUUCUGGUGCUGAAUCAGAUUUUAAUUCUUGGUGAGAGGCCUCAGCAUCUCCUUGGGCUGUUCUGGGCCGGAAAAUCGCUGCCUGAAGUGUUUAUAUAUUAUCAUGGUCAGUAGUUGAGUGAAAUUUGUACAUUUUUGGUAACAUUGGCAAACCUGAUGCCCCUGCAGUCCCUUUUCUGUUUGGUAGUUUGUGACUCUAAAAUUCCCACUGUUGUGUGUGUUAAUUUAUGAAAAUAAAAAAAAAUUUUUUUUUUUUUUUGGAAAAUCUUUCAAGUAA